AUGCCCAAGAGAUUGCUUGAAAUCUUCGGAUCAGCCGAGAAACCAUUAAUCAGGCUGUCGACGAACCAUCGGUCGACUGCAUACGUAGCUCUUUCAUACUGCUGGGGCGCCGAUCAGCCGGCCAAAACGACGACAGCAAAUCUUCAUGACUAUCUGAGCGAGAUACCAUUCGAUACACUCCCGCUGACCAUCCAGCACGCCGCUAUAGUCACUCGCGGUAUCGGCCUGUCAAAUCUCUGGGUCGAUGCCAUGUGCAUCGUCCAGGAUGAUGAGGAGGACAAACUUGGCGAGAUUUCUCAGAUGCACGCCAUUUAUCGCAACUCAUGGGUGACUAUAGCAGCAGCCGAAGCAAGGACCUGCAAUGAUGGAUUCCUUCAACCACGGUCGGACUGGCAGCCGGUCAAGAUGAAGGCUAGGUUCGACGACAACGUCUUUUCCGAGGUCACCAUGUUCCCUCGAGGGCAAUCAUGCAGACCAGACGCACCUCUCUUUCAGAGAGGCUGGACAAUGCAGGAGACUUUACUCUCAACUCGAGUUCUGCUGUACGGCGCCAGAGAGUUGACCUUCCUCUGCAUGCAGGAUGAACAAUCAGAGGGUGGCGUUCCGCCAACUGUGCGACAAUAUCAGAUGUUGUUUGACCCUGGAAGCAACACAUACGUUGGGAUGGACCAUCCAGAGAGCUGGGGCUAUCUGGUCAGCGCUUAUUCGCAGCGAAAAUUGUCGCUUGAGGACGACAAGCUACUCGGGAUAGGUGCCUUGGCUGCGUCUUACGGACGAACAAAGAACACCAAGGAAUACUUUGCCGGAAUGUGGAAAGAGAACUUUCUUCAGCAGUGUCUGUGGACAACGCAGACGUAUACUAGUGGAGAUAGGGUUCCAAGGCGGCCAGCAAAGUACCGGGCUCCUUCAUGGUCAUGGGCGAGUACGGAAGGACAAGUCUCCAGCUUUGGAGUAUCAGCCAACAUGCCGGCCAUGAUGCUGCCCGAGACAAUGCCACCGAUCACUACCUGCGAGAUCGUUGACUUGGAAGUCAAAACAGUACCGGCGGGAAAUCCUUUUGGUAUGGUCACCGACGGCCACCUCAAAAUUCGAGGAAAGCUUCGACAAAUUGUUUGGUACAACAGUGGUUGGAGCUUGGAUGGCUAUGUAUACCCAUUGCGGGAUACCGAUGAGCCCCAGCUGAAUGAGCGUGGCCGCCGCGUUAAUCCAGGGAUGACUGUCCAGAUCGAUCAUCCAAAAGACUGGCCCCUUGGAGAGGAAAUCCUGCUCUGGAGCUUGGAGAUUUGCAAGACUAGCGAAGGACAAGGCUACGCUCUCCUGCUUAACGAGGCGGGUGGUCACAACGAGACGUUCCAGAGAGUCGGUCGCUUAAAUGUGAUUGAAAGGACGAACAAUUGGUUCGAUACCGAGCAUGAACUGCGCGAGAUCAAGAUAGUUUGA